CCGCAACCGGUGGUCAAUGCGCUCUCCUCCAGUCCUGGGUAUCGUUGAUUUUGUUUUCGAUUUCCGUGCAUACCAAAAAUAUUUAUACACAUGAGAAGGCCCAAUCUUCAAUAAUUUAUCCAUUAUAUAUUUUGGUAAACGUGCGCUUCUUUUUACUUCGCGAGUUUUGCCGUUAUGUACCGCGUGUGAUGAGAUUUCGAUGCCGGUAACCUCUUGGUGACGUCGGCCUUCCUAUAUUAUAGCGAUAUAUACUUACUUGUAUAAACUUUACCCGUCACUCGGUUGAUAUGCGACAUAUAUCGGAGUUUUUGGGCUUAUGACAAUUCAGUUUUUGGAACUGCCAAAGCGGCUCAGGGAAGAUGUGGAGACCAAUUUGCCAACUUAGGCAUAUUUUCUUUUCUACAUAUAUUUCUGGGGCCAUAUUGUUGAUUGCAAAUGUGGUCUUGGGAGCUGGAGAUCUCUGGCCUCUGGAUCGACCCGAUGGCAUGCCGUCCAUUCAAUCUUUAGAAGUAAUGUGUGGAAAAGACCAUAUGGAUGUGCAUUUAACUUUCAGCCAACCAUUCGAGGGUAUUGUGUCUAGUAAAGGACAACAUGGUGAUCCAAGAUGCGUGUACGUACCACCUUCUACGGGCCAAACAUUUUUUUCGUUUCGGAUAGCUUACGCGCGAUGCGGUACCAAACCAGAUCUGCACGGACAAUUCUACGAAAACACCGUUGUAGUUCAGUAUGACAAAGAUCUGUUAGAGGUGUGGGACGAAGCGAAAAGGCUCAGGUGCGAAUGGUUUAAUGACUACGAAAAAACAGCAUCCAAACCUCCUAUGGUUAUUGCCGACCUUGAUGUCAUUCAACUGGAUUUUAGAGGUGACAAUGUGGAUUGCUGGAUGGAAAUUCAGCACGGUAAAGGACCUUGGGCGCCACCUGUCAGUGGUAUAGUACCACUUGGAUCCACGCUUACUCUAGUAGUGGCUAUAAAUGACUAUCGAGGUGAAUUUGACAUGCGUGUAAAAUCGUGCGUUGCCUCAGAUGGUGGCGGACACGUGAUCCAACUCUCUGACGAAUUUGGAUGUGUUCUAAGGCCAAAAAUGAUAAGCAGGUUUUUGAAAGCUAGAGGCGCCGACGAAAGAGCUUCUGUGAUAACUUAUGCAUUUUUCCAUGCAUUUAAGUUCCCUGAUGCACUAAGCGUCCACAUUAAAUGUAAAGUAGAAAUCUGCCGACACGGAUGUCUGGAUCACUGUCAGUUACAACCAAAUAAAGCUUCAGGUCUGGAUGUUGAUUUUGAACAUUAUAUGAAUCCUUUACAAAGAAAGGAUGAAAAGAUAUCAUCGGGAGAAAUAAAAGACAGAGUCACUGAUUCCGGUGAACAAUCCAUUAGUGAACAGGACAUGAUUUACGAUGACAUUAUUCAUGAGAAUAAGGCAGCGAUGUCUUCGGGUGAAGAGAUCCCAUCGAUUAAAAUGUCUCUGAAUGCCAACAUGAACAAACCCAACCCCAAGAAACAAUGGAAAAAACCUACGAUGAUAAAUUCGAAAGAAAAUCAAUUGAAAGGGGAUGACAGAAAUAAUGAUAAAAGUGAACGACUUCCUGACAACAAGGACGAUGGUGACAUGGAUGAUGAAGAUGACGAUGAUUUGGAUAUGGAAGAAAUGGAAAUUCAUUCAAUGCCACACAAGGAGAUGUUCCAAAUGAACCAAGAAAAAUUCCCGCAUGGUCCUAGGAAAUUAGAGAUUCCAGCUGCCGCACCGAGGAGCCUUACCGAUACGGAUACACCAGUUUUGAAAGAAUCGAAAAUAGGCAAAGAAAAUAAAGAUAAUAGGACGGAAGUUAAUGCUUCGAAUCAGACAAUUGCUGUACCAUUGGCAUUGUUGGAGAAAACCAACCGAAGAAGAAGAUCCAUGGUGAUAUCAGAUAGAAAAGCACGAAGUGCCGAUGUAGGAGUCAGUGGAAUAUACGAAGUUAUAUCUGAAGCCGAUUUGGCUUUUAGUCCUGAUAGUAGAGCUGAAGCUGUCACAGUAUUUCAAGGAAGAAUACGGGAAGAAGUUGUUUAUGGAAUAUGCAUGCCUGUACCUGGAUUUAGCGUCCUAUUUGUUCUAGUUGCAGUGUCAGCUGUUGUAUCAGCUCUGGUAGCAGGAACUUUGUUGUACAGAUAUCAGCUUCAAAAAGAACAUAUAGCAACCCAACAACAGCAACAACAAAACGGUUCCAUCCCGAUGAGUAUAUUCUCGAGCUGGAUGGGCCUCAAACUUCUAAAACCUUCCAUAUCGAUGGUCCAUUUGAGAAGGGCCGAUUCGAGCAUGUCGGAUCAGAAUGAAACCAUGGACACUUCGUUGUCUAUAAGCGGGUCAACUUCUAAUGGAAAAACUAUGAGCAGUAAAUAAAAUGAUUUUUUAUGGACAACUAAAUUUGAUUGAUAUAGUUCAAAUAGUACGUUUAGUGUUAGUGCAAAAUUUGAUGUUUCCACAAUAUGAAUUUUUGCUAAGCUUACGGGCAAAUUUGCAAUAUAGAAUGUGGGAUAAAGUUCCACAUACUAUUGUAGAUUGUAGAUAAUUAAAUUUAGACGAAUUUUUUUUUUUGUAAAUAUUCUAAUUAUUUUUGGCCCUUAAAACAAAUGGGUCUUUAGCUUUAAGCCAUUUAUUAUUAAGUUAUUUAGAUAUUUAUCUUUUUUUUUUUAUCCUGAAAUGUUUAGCUUUAAAUUGUUU